AUGGUUUACGAAAUUCAGAUUAUCCUUUUUUAUCAACGACAGUUCACGCUGACGUCACCCAAACACGUCUUCCAAUCUGCGCUGCCUGCGGAAAGGGGCGUUAGCCGUUGCCCUGUUUGCAAAUGUCUGCAGAGCUCGGUUGCGGGAUUUGUGCUCGAAAAUCCGGGUUUCUCAGUUGCUAAGUCGUUUUUUUCGUACCGACGUGUACGUGUGUGCACCGGGGUGUCUGUGAUGGAGUGGUACGCGCACAAAACGCUCGACAACGGCGUGUUUUGGAUCCAAGAGCGCUUUUACGAAUCGGGGAACAGGGCCAACAUCUGGCUCAUUCGCGGAUCUCACCAGGACGUGGUGAUAGACGCCGGCCUGGGUUUGCGGAGCCUGCCGGACUACAUCAGCUCCAAAGGCCUGCUGGGCGACGACACGAAGCGGAAGAACCCCUUGCUGGCCAUCGGCACGCACGUCCACUUCGAUCACUCGGGCGGCCUGCACCAGUUUCAACAAGUGGGCGUGCACAAGGCCGAGGUCGAUGCCCUGGCCAAUGGAGACAACUUUGAGACGGUGACAUGGCUGUCCGAUCGGGAGAUCGUGGAGAACCCGUCACCUGGUUGGACGGCCAGGCAGUACAGAGUGAAGGCUGUUCAGCCCACCCACAUAUUACAGGAGGGUGAUGUCAUCAACCUUGGGGACCGGCAGCUCACGGUGCUCCACAUGCCGGGCCACUCCAGAGGAAGCAUCUGCCUCCACGACAAGGACAACAAGAUGCUCUUCAGCGGCGACGUGGUCUAUGACGGCUCCAUGAUCGACUGGCUGCCUUACAGUGCCAUUGGUGACUAUGUCCGCAGCUGUGAGAGGCUGGUCGAGAUGGUGGACAAAGAAGAAGUGGAGCUGGUCAUGCCUGGUCACUAUAACACCUUCGGGGCCAAAAGGCUCCACCGAUUGGCCUCCAGCUACAUCUCCAAUGCAGGAACCUGCCAUAAGGUCUCAACCUGUGCAGUGAAAUCUGUAGCCAGCCUUGCUCUCCGUUUCUCUAACUCUUGCAGUGUCUGUUAGAGGCUGUUUAAGACUUUAUGCAACAAUUUAUACUCAAAGAUAAAGGUCCCAAAAAGGCUUCUUUGGAGCGAUGCCAUAGAGGAACCGCUUUUGGUUCCCUAAAGAACCCUUUAUGGUACCUAUAUUUUUAAGAGUGUAUAAACAACAAUACAGAAAACUCGCCUCAGUACUGAACAAUGCUGAUUGGAAUAUUCUGAGCCCUUCACAAGUGUGAGAUGAUGAUAUGAACUCAAAAAGUGAUUUUUGUUCUUGCAGUGUACUCAGCUUACUGGGAUUAAGCAUGAAAAGUUGAAUAUUAGGGUCUGACUGAUACUGAUGCUGAGCUAAACAUUUCAGCUGGUAUAAUCUUAUAUGGUCAAAAAUGUAACAGACUCCAGUAGGUUUUGUUAAACAGUUAAACAUUUAUUUUUUGGUUGUCAACUUGUGAAUUGUCGGAAUCAGCCAAUAUUAUUGGCCAUUCGAUAUAUGUUGGUAGCUACAGAAUUAAUUUCUGGAUAUUUCUAAAUGUUUUGUUAUUUGGAUUAGGGCCUUAUAGCACUUUUUGGUCCAGUCCAUUACACUGUAGCUGAGAACGAGGACGAAUGAAUGUGAAUUAGUGUGAACAGUAGCAUUUAGUAGUGUAUACUAUACCUGCAGUAACUCAAUGGAACAUCUGAAUAAUUGAAAUCAAACAUUUAUCAUAGGAAGACAUACUGCAUUGAACAUACUGUAUUGAAGCUUAUACCUCCAAAGCACUUGGUAGCCAGUAAUUUGCUUUGUGGGUGCUCUAUGUGGCAAGACACUGGCCCAAAAUACACACUAAUUGAGGAGUUUUAGGAAAAGGUAGAAAAGUUUGAAUUGGCCAAAUCAUUGCCUCAUUUUGUGUACAAUUCAACUAGUAUUUCACUUGAUAUUUGUUAAGGAAUUCCUGACAGGAACUGAAAAUGGGCUAGCAGUGCAUCUUAAAGGAAGAGGCUGAAUGCAGUCCAUUCGCAUCAGUAGCUUAAAUCCAGAAACAAAAAGUGACUUUUUGUUUUAGCUUUUCAUCUUUAAUCCACAUGCUUGAGUAUGCAGCAGUUUUACAGUCAGAAAACCCAUAAAAGGCACAUGUUCAGGCUACAGUACUGUGCUCAGUAUGAAUAGCACAGUAUAAGUUAUGGCAAUUGUUUCAAAUAGAGAAUGAUACUUAAGCAAGUUUUGGAAGUGCUCAAAUACUGUGCAGAUGUUUGUGGAUGUUUAGUAGAUUACUUUGGAAGUUUAAGUGUGGGUUUAAGUGUGCAGUGAAAGGUGUAAAGAAAUAGAUGUACUUAUUAAUCAUUAAUCAUUAAUAUCUUUAUACAUACCAAAAUGAAUGUAUUUUGUGUCAUAAGUAAGAUCUCUCCAGGCUUGCUGGGGAUUAAUGGGGUUGAUAGAAAGUGAAAGGAAUGGUUUAGUUAAUAGCCUGAUGCUAAAUGUUGCUAACAGUAAGUGAAAGCAACUAGCCAAAAGUUAGCAUUAUGAAAAUGACCUCAUGCUGGUUGGUGAAUACUAGCUUCCAUUAAUUAUUAGCAACAUUAGCAUAUGUGGUUGAGUCGUUCGUGACAUGUCAUAAGAAAUAGCACCUGGAGACAACUAGAGAAGGACAAUCUCCGAGUUUUCUUUCCACUUCUUGCUCUUUCUGAAACCCAACAGAAGGGAAAAUCUUCAUAAUUACCAAACAUUAUCUGAAAUAAGAAACAGGGUGAAGUUUUUAACAAGAUCAAAAAAAAAUAGUAGUUACAGCGACCGCUGUUGUUCAUUUUGAGUGCCAAAGCUAACAUAGCAUGCUUCACUUAUGUAGCAUAGAUACUAAUGGUAAAUAAUAAACAUCUCAAUUGUGGUCGGCAGUGAAAAGCAUGAAUAGCCACAGCAUUUAAAGACGUAUUAGAACUUCCAUUUACAGCGGCCUUGCUUGUUUUCUUAAGUGUGAUUUUUAUUACUAAUUUUUAGCUCAUUGACUUGGACUAUAAAGCUGCUAUUGGUUUUUUCUAGGUUCUAUAAGCUAAUAUAUGUGGGGUCCAAAAGUCUGAGAUCAAUAGUAGGAUUGGGUGCUUUAACAGUAAUAAUUAUUUCAAAAUUUUGGCAUGUCAAAUUUGCAUUCCAUCCACUGAUUGGUGGUCUGGGAGCUCAUUGAUAGGAAGUGCUGCUAGAAAAAGGGGAAAAAUCACAGCCUGGAAAAACCUCAGAAAUAAACGUGCAACAGCAAAGAGCUACACACCACACAGAACAGGUCUGAUUUUGGCUUUCAUUCCAACGUCAGUCACUUGACCUUGCACUCUCAGAUAUCCUCUAAAUGGAAGUCAUUUUAGCGUCAGUUAGCUGCGACCCAGCCUGUGCUGUGGUAUGGCACAGUUAGCGAGCUAGCUAAGCUCUUUUUGGCUUAGCCAAAAUGCUACAGUCCCAAAAACGACAAAACAGUCUCAGCUUCAGAUUUCUGUCACUCCAACACCAGUCACUCGACUUUUGUUCUCUCAGACAUCAGUUCUGUCAUCUAAACUUAGCAGCUAUCCUUGUAUUGUGGUGUGUGGCACAGUUUGGGUCUCUUGCCUGCUUGCUAAGCUCAUGUUAAGCUAGUCAAUCAAGCUACAAAUCCACACACCAUGAAACAGGUUUCAUUUAGUUUUUCUGCGCUAUUGACGCCAGUUGCUUGAGUUCACCUGCUCAUAUUUGAAUCAGCUAUGUUGAUGUUUUAGUUAGCCAGAAUUGAACAUGUUCUGUGGUGAGCAGGGCUGUUAUCUUGCUAGCUAAGUGAAUGCUAACCAGCUCCCUUGUCCUAAUCAACAACACUGUUUAACAUUUACCAGUUGUUAGUCAGAUGGUCAAAUCGUGCAGUGUUCACGUAUUUGGCAACUAUGUAAGCAAAUUAAUCUUCUAGAUUUUUUUCUUUUGAAAUAGCACAGGAAGAGAUGGUGAAAUCGUUCUUCAGAUUGAUGGAGAAUGUGUUGUAGAUGGUUCUGUAUAGAACCUUUUUGAAAAUGCUUCUAUAUAGCACCAAAAAGGGUUCUGCUAUUGUUCCAAUGUCAAGCUUGUAACAAAACAGAACACUUAUUGGUGCUAUAUAGAACCAUAUACAACACAUUCUCCAUCAAUCUGAGGAACCAUUUACAAAAAAAAGUUGAAGAACCAUUUUUUUAAGAUGAUGAAGAGAUGAGACUAAAAAAAAAAAACGACAUGGCCUUUUUUGUCCAAAGGCCUCAACAUAGUUUAUGUCACAAAUUUGCUUACAUUUGAACAGUGAUCCAGAGAGAGGGCAGAAUCUUAAAUGUUUCCUCUUCGUUUUACUUCUCAUACCUUUUUUUUGUUAUGAUUUUUUUAUUAUAAAACCUUAUGAACUUCUGAAAGCUUAAAUAAAAAAAUCCCAGAUGUUCAGUGAGGCUUCAGACUUUUGGACCCCACUGUAUUUGUGAGGUUUUUAGCCUCUGCAGUGCAUGGCAUCUGCGUAAAGGCAAAUAAGCCGCACAAUAUGACUUCUUCCACUUGUUUAUGAACAUAUAAGCACAAACAUAUCAGUCUACCUAGUUUGAUUGACAUUCCAAAGUAGCAGCAUUUACCAUGCAGAUACAUUGUGGAGUUCUAAUGCAAAUGGAAGAUGAAUAUGAACGCAGUUUAGACUGAUCUAUUUAGAGAUGAUUAGUAGCUCUAGUGCUGUCAGGAUACUGGAAUUUACAGUUUUCGAUGAAACUCUUUGAAGUAGUUGAAGUAUCUAUAUUCCAUACCAUUUUCAAUGGCACUGGAAGGGUGUUCUCCAAUAAUGGCCAGUCAUGCUGAGUUAAAAAAAAAAUGACUGACCACACCAAAUGAGAUUAUCUAAAACAACAGCCAACAAUAGAGGAAAUAAAUGUGACCAAAUUAACCUCCAGAGCACCAACCUUUGCUGACCUAUCAACAAGAACUUUUUUCAUUUUGUUGACAAUGAGAUCCAAGUACAUGUUUUUUUGAUUUUCUAAGUGAAAACUUUCUACUGGAAAAAACCCUAAAACAAAACAAAAUAUCAAAUAUUGCUUUUGCAAAAGUCAUGGCACAUUUUAUAUGUUAAAUUCAGCAAAUAAAUAGAAAUCGUGCACUACAGUUUGCAGAAAAAUUUAGGUAUCUUCUCUGUAGAGGACAUUUGUCACUUAGAUUUUCACUUAGAAAAUCAACAAAAUAGUAGUUACAGUGUAUAUAAUAUCAAUACUGUGGGAAAUGAGUUUUGGUAUCUGUUCAAAUGUUCAAUAUCUAUAUGUAUUGAUAUGUAUGAGUAUUUUCAACAACACUACUUGACACACUUUUGCAAAGAUAAGGAGAGUUGAUUUGAUGUUCAUGAUGUAUUGCUGAACUCUUUAUAGAUACAUGGAGGGAGAUAUGCCUUACCAUACUGGGCUGGAAGGUUAUGCAUUUACUUUGCCAAACUCCUUCAUGCUGCUUUGUAUAAUAUUUAACUGAGAGUAUAUUUGUGAGACAUAUUAAUCAUAGGCACAUCUCACUGAAACUGAAAAUGUAUAGCGAAUGGAAUAUUGAAAUGUGUAUGUGUAUAAUGUGAAUGUGCAAUGUAAAAGGAAGUGAUUUUCCUGCUGAAGCUUGUAUAUUCUGACCUUGUUUCUGCUCAGGAAUCCUAUAUGAAUUCAGGCGCUUUGAGCAGAGCCAUAUCAUACCAACACCAUAUUCAGUGCCUCUCUAAGUAUGAACAAAAUAAUACCUCACAAUGCUGUUGCUGCAGCUGUUGGAAUAUGCAGGCACCUUGUUUGAAAAUAUACUAGCUUUCAAUUCUCAA